GGUCCUCUCAGGUGCGGAAUGGGUGAUGGGGGGCAACUCGGUGGUGCUGUGGUCAGCGUUGGUCAACCUGGUCCCAAUAUGGCCGCCAGCGUGGGUGGUGACAUUGGAGGAGCCAAUAUGGCUGCCAGUGGCCAACCUGGACCUAAUAUGGCCGCCAACGUGGGUCGUGACAUCGAAAGUGCUACUAUGGCCGCCAGUGGCCAACCUGGACCUAAUAUGGCCACCAACAUGGUUUGUGACAUUAGAGAAGCCAAUAUGGCCGCCAGUGGCCAACGUCGACCUAAUAUGGCUGCCAACAUUGGUCAUGACAUUGGAGGCCCCAACAUGGCCACCAGUGGCCAACCUGGACUCAAUGUGGCCGCCAGUGGCCAACCUGGACCUAAUAUGGCCGCCAGCAUUGGUCAUGACAUUGGAGGCCCCAAUAUGGCCGCCAGCGGCCAACCUGGACCAAAUAUGGCCACCAUUGGACAGCUUGAACACAAUACAGCCACUAGUGGCCAACCUGGCCCCAAUAUGGCCGCCAGUGGCCAACCCAGUCCCAGUAGGGACACCGUAGGCCAACCCAACCCCAAUAUGGCCGCCAUCAGCCCGAAUAUGGCGGCUAUCAGUCCCAAUAGGGACAGCUUUGGCCCCAAUAGGGACGUUCCCAAUAUGGCGGCCACCAGCUCCAACAUGGCGGCCACCAGUGGCCCCUUCCGCUGCCCUCUCUGCCCCAAAAGCUUUGGGAUGAGGGCGGGGCUUCGCCGCCACCAGCGUCGCCACGGCCACGCCCCCUCCGCCCAGACCACGCCCACCGGAGAGGAGGCGGGGCUUCGCUUAGGCCACGCCCCUUCCGCCCCCCGAUAGGGCGGCGUUGGCUCCGCCCACUGCCAGUGCAAAUAAAGGGACAAAGGCUGCA